AUGACCAAUAAAUUGAAGGAAAAGAGUUCGAAUUCAUUAAUACAAAUUCCACCACCUUCGUCACCAUCAAUAAAAGGAACAAAGCGAAAGCAAUCACCAGUUGAUGGGUCUUCAGCUGAUCCAAAGUUUCUCGCUGAAAAGGAAAAAUUGAUAAUAGAAAUUGAAGGGCUCGAAAAGAAACUUGAAGAAUUACGCGCGGAAGCUAAAAAAUUAAAUGAUAGCCUAGGACCGGAAAUAAACGCUGAAAAAGAAAUUCAAAAUCAUUGCCGUCUAUUACAUGAGUAUAAUGAAAUCAGAGAUGUAGGACAAAUGUUAUUUGGAAAGUGCGCAGUAUACGAAGGAACUACUACGAAAAAGAUGUAUGAAAAAUUUGGCGUGGAUCUUGAGGAUUGA